AGAAGAAGAAGAGGGAUGGAAUGGUGGGUUUCAAUGCCAAAGCUGGAACUUCACGCGCACCUCAAUGGCUCCAUCAGGAACUCUACUCUUCUGUAUGCUUUCUCUUUCGUUUCACCAUUUUCCCUUUCUUUUUUUACUCGCUCUCUUGUUUCAUUAUCGGAUUCUUGGCACUUGGCUGCUUUAUAGCGCUGAUGACAGCUUCUGUUUGUCUGGUUUAAUUUACACAUAUGAAUGUCCACCCAAACCAUUGAAUGAAAGCUUUGAUUUUGCUUUUUGGGCGAAUCUUAAAUAAUGUAUGUGUGAUUAAAGUAGGCGAUUUUUUUUUGAAAGGAAGUAGGCGAUUUGUUAGUUGUUCAAGUGAUUUGUGUACUAUAUAUGUCGCAGGGAGCUAGCCAGAGAAUUGGGGGAGAAGGGGAUAAUUGUUUUCUCCGAUGUGGAAUAUGUUAUCUUGAAAAACGAUCGUUCGCUUACUGAAGUCUUCAAAUUGUUUGACUUGAUUCAUGUUCUCACAACGAACCACGAGACUGUUGCCAGAAUUACCAAAGAGGUUGUUGAAGAUUUCGCCGCGGAGAACGUUGUAUAUUUGGAGCUGAGGACCACUCCCAAGAGGAAUGACUCGAAAGGGAUGAGUAAGAGGUCAUACAUGGAGGCUGUUCUGGAGGGGCUGAGGGCUGUUCGUACGGUUGAGGUUGAUAUUUUUCAUGGGUCGGAUGUAGAAAGUCAUGCUAAUGCUCAUACCCUAUGUAAUGGCUGUGGGAUGAAUGGAACAAGAAGAAAGAAGAUUUAUGUUAGACUUCUUCUCAGUAUAGACCGGCGCGAAACCAGAGAAGCUGCCAUGGAAACUGUUAAGCUUGCCAUGGAAAUGAGGCAUUUAGGGGUAGUGGGAAUCGACCUUUCAGGGAAUCCUGCGAUUGGUGAAUGGACAACCUUUCUACCAGUGCUGGAGUUUGCUAAAGAAAAGGGACUCUUAGUCACUCUUCACUGUGGAGAGGUGCCAAACAUGGAGGAAAUCAAUGCAAUGCUAGAUUUUCUACCUGCAAGAAUUGGCCAUGCUUGUUGCCUUCAACAAGAAGAAUGGAAGAAAUUAAAGUCCUUUAAGAUUCCGGUUGAGAUUUGUUUGACGUCCAACAUCAGAACCGAAACCAUCUCUUCAUUGGACAUUCACCAUUUUGCUGAUUUGUACAAUUCUAAGCACCCGAUUGUGUUGUGCACCGACGACUCUGGUGUUUUCUCUACCACUUCAUCUCAAGAAUACGCCAUUGCCUCUUCUGCAUUCGGUAUUGGAAAGAGAGAAAUGUUUGACCUAGCAAGGAAUGCCAUUGGUUUCAUCUUUGCUGAUGAUGGAGUCAAACAUGAAUUGGAGCAAAUCUUUGAUUUAGCUGCUGAAAGGCUACAAUUCUGAUGGAGCAAAUAUUUGAUUUAGCCUGUAGAGCCUUGUGAUCAAUGAAAUCCCAGAAUUCACUCUGCUAUGUAAAUCUUAAUAUUGAUUCAAUCACAUUUGAGGAACAAAACAAACACUUCUUGAAAUCCAAUGCAUUGUACAUUCUCCUUUUUUCUUGGGGUUU